AUGGCACGGGUGCCCUUCAUUGGCAGGCUGUUCUGGAGAGAGUACCUGGCCCUGUUUGGAUCUCUGAUACUCGUUGCUCUCGAGGUCCUCGUUCGAAUCAUCACGCUGGGACUUCCUCAACCUAUCAUUCGAUUCUGCUACAACACUUCGAAGAACUUGUUCAACCGGCUGUCUUCGCAGAAGUCCCGACAAGCCCGCUCCCAGCGCAAACAUACAUACAGUUCAAUAGCCACAUGCUUUGAUUUCACCGAACUCUGUGCUCUAUUUGGAUACUAUGCCGAGGAACAUAUUGUUCAGACAGGAGAUGGAUAUUUGCUGGGUGUCCACAGACUGCCCUUUCGGAAAGGCGAAGAGCAUAAUGGAAUCCAGGUCAACGCCGGAGCCGACUCGACCAGAAAGCCCGUGGUCUACCUCCAUCAUGGCCUGCUCAUGAAUAGCGAGGUUUGGGUUUGCCUCACAGAAGAGGAACGGUGCCUGCCAUUCACGCUGGUCCAGCAGGGUUAUGAUGUUUGGCUGGGCAACAAUCGAGGCAAUAAAUACAGCAAGAAAUCCACGAGGCACUCGCCUAUAUCCCCACGAUUUUGGAACUUUUCCAUGGAUGAGUUCGCCUUCCACGAUAUUCCCAACACAAUCGACUAUAUCCUUAACACCACGUCACAGCCUUCGCUCUCCUAUAUCGGCUUCAGUCAAGGCACUGCACAAGCAUUUGCAACACUCUCCAUCCAUCCCCAACUGAACGAAAAGGUCAACCUUUUCAUUGCCCUGGCGCCAGCCAUGUCCCCUGCCGGGCUCAGCAAUGGUAUCGUGGAUGCCCUCGUCAAGACCAAUCCUCACCUCCUCUUCCUUGCAUUUGGCCGCAAGUCGAUCCUCUCUUCGGCCACCAUGUGGCAAUCUAUUCUCUACCCGCCCAUUUUCGUCCGCCUUAUCGACAUGUCUCUCUCCUUCCUCUUCGCCUGGUACGGCCGGAACAUCAGCGUGCAGCAGAAGCUCGCUGCAUACCCACACCUGUACAGCUUCACCAGCACAAAGUCCGUUGUGCAUUGGUUCCAAAUUAUCCGUAAUAAAUCUUUCCAGAUGUACGAUGACGAUAGUUCCAACAGGUUCAGCAUUGGCGCCAGCAAUCGAUACUACAAAGUGGCCAAAUUCCCGACGAGAAAUAUCAAGACGCCCAUCGUUUUGGUUUAUGGGGGAAGCGACUCCCUGGUCGAUAUUCGUGUCAUGCUCAGGGAAUUACCUCGCCACACCAUUGCGACGGAGAUCCCUCACUUCGAGCACCUUGAUUUCCUCUGGGCGCAAGACGUCCAUACGCUGGUCCACCCGCAUGUGCUAGAAGCACUUCGCUACUAUGCCCAAGACAGUAUGACAAAUGGCGUUCCAAAGGCUCUUGCCCUCUCUAUCGGCGACACGGCACAACUUCACCGCCGGCAGAAUAGCAACGGCAGCGCCAUGAACUGGUCUGAAGACGAGUCUGCGGGUGGAUAUUCGGACUUUGACGGUGGGGUUGAUUCACCUCGCACGCCGAGAGUUAAGAGUUAUGCUCAGCAGCAGAGAGAGAAGCAGUAUUUGCAACCAUCGCCUGGCCAAAAUCAUCCAACUUCUCAUUCGCCCUUGCAAUAUCAGUAUCAAUAUGCCUCCCCUACUCCGAACAGACCUGUGACUGGAGGCUCGAUGACAUGGAUGGAGAACUACUAUAAAUUCCCAAAAAAAGAAAUGCAGGCCACGACGGAGGGCGUGGGGACGAGUAGUGGUCUUGGGAAUCACGCUGAAGCAGAUUCACUUCAGGAGGGGGUGCAACAAGAGAGUGAAAGGCAACAAGAUGAUGAACAACAGCGACAAGAGCAUGAUCAAAGCCCGAUGGGCACGCUACGACGCGCCUCAGACGACGUCCCCCGAGACGCUGAAUUUGGAGGGGUGCUUUCAACUUCUCGAUCCCUCGUCCAAGAUGCCGACUCUGCCAGUACUGUUUCCACAAUCCGCAAUCGGGCCAGUGCCUCCACUGCCGCUCCUGCGACUCCGGCGCAUCGAGCGACCCUCAACACCGAUGCAGACAGUGCAUCAGGAAGUGGAAGUACAAGCGUCAGCGGAAACGAAAACAGACACCGCUCAACAUCUGCUGCUGGAAGUGUUUCGAAUACGAGCGGGCGCACGACACCGGUAAGUAGAGGCACGCCGCCUAGUUUCACAGCGAAGGGCAUUCGUGUGGGGAGUUCCAGACCGAGUGUGAGUGCGGCUAUGCCCUGA